ACAGCGACCAUAAACAAGAAACAUCCAAGCAGCCAUCAGCAAAAGUCAGUCAUUGGCAGCGAGCGUGAAAAAAGUAUAAAGUGAUUUGCGUGUGCGGCGAAUUUGAUGGAGAAAACCAUUUUCUGAACGCUUACUUCCGUCGGAACGAAAGUUCGGAAUUCGAAGACGGACGCGUGGAGUGCAUUUAGGUUGUGGGCACCAGGAAAACUGGGGGACAGUUUUUUUUACGAGUGUUUUGGUUUGUGGGUUGUGAAUUUGAUUCCGGCUCGAAGAAUUUUGAGGUUUUUUCUUUUGUGGAAUUGUGGGAAGCUGAUCAGUCGUACGCGUAGUUUCUUGUAUCUUUGGGACUAGAUGCGAUAUCCAAGGAUUUUGCUGUAGAUUUUUUGUCUAUCAAAGUGAUGUUUUAAGUGAACUCGGUUGACUUUGAGCAUUUUUCCUGUAAAGAUUUAGCAUUUGUUGGUCAUUGUUUACCCUGUUUUAAUUUGAUAGAGUGACAUUUGAUACGAUGGAUGUUCAACAAUUGGAAUUGCUUUGUAAGCAAUUCUACGAAUCGCAGGACUCGCAAGCAAGGGCGGAAGCGGAAAAAGCCUUGUACCUGUUCCAGGAAGACCCUGAUGCGUUAUCCAAGUGCCAGCAACUCUUGGAAAGAAGUAAUUCUUCUUACUCUCAACUGUUGGCUGCGACAACAUUAACAAAGCUGGUAUCGAAAAACAUUCAGGCUCUCAGUCUGCAGCAACGGGUUGACAUCCGGAACUACGUUCUAAACUAUUUGGCUACACAUCCCAGCCUACAAGGUUUCGUAAUUCAGGCACUCAUUGCUCUGCUGGUGAAAAUAACCAAACUUUGUUGGGUGGAUUUGUAUGAAGAUGAAUAUGUAUUCCGGAACAUCGUACAGGAUGUGAAAGAAUUCCUGGGAGGCUCGGUGGAGCACUGUAUGAUUGGGGUACAGAUUCUAUCUCAAUUGACCGUUGAAAUGAAUACGCUGGCAGAAACGGCCUGUAGCUUGACAUUUACCAAGCACCGUAAGAUAGCUUGUCUAUACAGGGACACACAGCUGUACGAUAUAUUCAUCCUGUCGUGUACUCUGCUGAGUCAGGCCAAGGACAACUGUUGCAAAAAUACUAGCUACAUGGACGAGGCUCAGCACGGACUUUUUACACACUUGCUAAACCUGGCUCGGAACUGUUUGAGCUUUGAUUUUGUCGGAACCUCAGCUGAUGAUUCCGUGGACGAUAUGUCCACAGUUCACAUCCCGACGAACUGGCGGCCGGCUUUCUUGGAGUCGGAUUCGGUCAAACUAUUCUUCAGUCUGUAUCACGUUCUUCCGGUACGUUUAUCCUCGUUGGCGCUAGCGUGCCUCGUUCAAAUCACCUCUAUUCGACGAUCGAUCUUCAACAAUAACGAAAGAAUCAAGUUUCUUGCCAAACUAGUGGAAGGCGCUACCGAUAUCCUGAAAACCUCCCACGGACUUAGCGAUCCGGAAAACUAUCACGAGUUCUGUCGUCUUUUGGCACGGCUGAAAUCCAACUUUCAGCUCGGCGAACUAGUCACCGUCGAAAACUAUCCGGAGGCUAUUCAACUCAUAGCAAAGUUCACCGUACAAUCCCUCCAAAUGUGGCAAUUCGCCCCCAACAGCGUUCACUAUCUGCUUUCCCUGUGGCAGCGUCUAAUCGCCUCCUUACCCUACGUUAAAUCUACCGAGCCGCAUUUCCUCGACACCUACACACCGGAAGUAAUCAAGGCAUUUGUCACCUCCAAGCUGGAAUCCGUUCCGGUGAUUCUGCGUGAAGGCCUCGAAGAUCCUCUCGACGAUACCAGUAUGGUUCAACAACAGCUGGAGCAAUUUUCCACCAUCGGUCGUUGCGAGUACGAAAAAACGUGUGCCCUUCUGAUUCAACUGUUCGACCAAACGGCCGGUCGCUAUCAAGAAAUCCUUUCGCAACCAGGAGCCACCAGCCAUCACCAGCUGGAUGCGCAAAUAUGCGAGGGGCAGCUAACGUGGCUGGUGUACAUCAUUGGGGCGGCUAUCAGCGGCCGAAUUAGCUACACCCACGACGACCAUGAUCUGCUCGAUGGGGACAUGAUCAUCCGGGUGCUGCAACUGAUGGCGCUGACCGACUCCCGGCUGGCCCAGUGUGGCUGCGAGAAGCUCGAGUUUGCGAUCAUGUGCUUCCUGGAGCACGUCCGCAAAGUUUACAUCAACGAGCAUCUGCAGAAGCUGAAAAUGUUCAAGAGGCUGAGCGAAGUGCUGGGCGUUAACGACGAGACCACCCUGUUGACGGUGAUCAGUAGGAAAAUCAUAACCAAUCUCAAAUAUUUUGGCCACUCCGAGCAAAUCAUCCGGAAAACACUUACCCUGUUGAACGAUCUCACGUUGACUUUCUGCUCGAUUCGUCGCCUCAUCAAGCUGGAUGAAAUUCAGUUUAUGCUGAACAAUCAUACGCGUGAACACUUUUCUUUCCUCGGUACCGGUUCGGUGAGUGCAUCACGCUGCCGCAGCAUGUUUUACACCUGCCUGGGCCGGCUGUUGAUGGUAGAUUUGUCCGAGGAUGUGGACCGGUUCAACACCUUCAUGAUGCCGCUGACCAAUACCAUCGAGAAUAUGGUCAUGAUGAACUUCCCUAGUGAGGAAGCCCGCAAGGAGCUGAUCGGAUUGUCUCGAGAUUUGCGUGGUUUGACGUAUGCCUUUAACGCCAAGAAUCCCUACAUGAUGCUGUUUGACUGGAUCUAUCCGGACUACUCACCGAUCCUUAUUAAAGCCGUGGAGCUGUGGGCACAUGAUCCAACCGUAACAACUCCGGUUCUAAAACUUUUUACCGAGCUGGUUUACAAUCGAUCCCAACGAUUACAGUUCGACGUUUCUAGUCCCAACGGUAUUCUGUUGUUCAGGGAGACCUCAAAACUCAUUUGCUGCUACGGCGAACGUAUCCUAUCACUGGAGGUACCAAAGGAGCAGAUCUAUCCGAUGAAGUUAAAGGGUUACGCGGUGUGUUUCCAGAUGUUGAAAGCCAUCCUCGGCGGGAACUACGUGAACUUCGGGGUAUUCAAACUGUACGGCGAUGACGCACUAGAAAAUGUCCUCAACAUGACGGCCAAACUGAUACUGUCGAUGUCCCACGAGGACAUUCUGGUUCACCCCAAGCUAUCCCAAGCGUACUAUGUUCUCAUCGACUGUCUAGCGCAAGACCACAUCACAUAUCUAUCGACGCUAGAGCCUCCGAUAUUCCUUUAUAUUUUGGAAAGUAUAUCCAAAGGGUUGAAUGCCUUAGAUGUGCUAGUGGGUUCCGGAUGUUGUUCAACGUUAGAUUUCAUUGUGACGUACAUCUUCAAGCAACUGCAACUGAAAGAAAAACAAAUGCUGCUCGUUUCGACAUUCCCGAACAAAAAGCUGCGCCAGAGCGUGCUGCCCGAGGACAACGUGUUCCUCAAAGUGAUGGAACUGCAUCCGGAGAUACUGCAGAAUCUGCUGUCGACGCUGCUGAACAUCGUGAUGUACGACGACUGCAAAAACCAGUGGUCGAUGUCCCGGCCGCUUCUAGGGCUGAUCCUGCUGUACGAGGACUAUUUCAGACAACUUCGUGAAAACAUUGUGCAUUCUCAAGCUAUCGAGAAGCAACAGUCGAUGGCGUGCCUGUUUGACGCCUUAAUGGAUGGCAUCGAACGAAAUCUGCACGUCAAAAACCGUGAUAGAUUCACCCAAAACCUGUCAGCGUUCCGGCGGGAGCUCAACGAUUCCCUGAAGUCAUCGAACAACCUGUCGAACAACUCGCCGGUGAAUGAAAUGAUUGACUAAGUUACUCCCGAUUUUAUUCAUUUGUUUUGACUGUCCUUGCUGAUCCUGUUGAUGCAUUGGUGUUGCAACGAAAACAAAGUACCCUCUAUGAAUUUUGUACAUUUUUAGUAGUGUUGAUUGAUUUCGGUUUGCCAAAUUUUCGAAUUAAUUCCAUCUCUCGCGCUUUCAUUGGCUUAUUUUUUCUUGUCGAUUUUCAUUUGUUUUUUUCUUUCUCUAUGUCUUUCCCCGCUCUCUGGCGGCUGCUGGAACAAUUCACAACCACACAGUUCUUUUCCGUUUAAGCACAUGCAAAUAUUAGAAUAGUAAUUGGUUAAGAGGACCCAAACGACGACGACGACACAACAACAGGACGCUGACGACCGAGAUUCCAAAAAAUGUGUAUGAUAAUGUGAACAUAUAUUGAAACAAAAAAUAAGAAAAUUUAGUUAAAUUGUGCGAGAAGUGCUAUCUUUCGGAAUAUGAAAUAGUGCUAGAUUAUAGACUAAAGAAUCCGAGAAAGUGAUUUUGGAGUAACGAAAAAAAAAAAACAAAAAAUAAUAAAACAAGCGAAUUAAAUGUUGAUGUUUGAAACACGUUUUGUACCGAUAAACUUAAGCCAUUGCGUCACACAUUGUUGAAACACUAGAAAAACAUAACAUUAACACAGAGCUCGCGAUGCAGAUUUUCUAGCAGAGACCUAUUUAACAGAAAUGCUUUUGCAACCCCAAUGUUGCAUGGCCAGUAAACUUUGUGCGUGGUUCUAGGGAUUUAGAGUUUGCAAAGCCAACAGUCAGAACAAGCUAGUUCGCCCUUAUAACUGUAAGAUGGUAAGAAAAUUUAGGCUUAGCUCAGUCCAGCCGUAUCGACAGCUCAGUACGAGGUAGCCGAAAAAUUGAUGUAUUUGUAUGACGAUUGCUGUGAGGAGCGAUAGCGUACCCUCUCAAUUUACAGGUUCUGAUGUAUUUCAAAGGGUUGUAGAAAUUAAAACUAUUUUUUCUAUUUUAGUUUCCGAAACAAAAAUGCCUGAAAACGUUGACAACUUUCGUCUUCGAUAUUUAAAUUGAAGUUUCAGAAUAUUCGGAACAUGCGUCAUGCACCCUGUUUCUUGAACAGCAAUUCUACCACGUAGGAAAAGGGAUGAAUAACACGAGAGUGUCCAUAUCCUAGAAAAACAAACAAACAACAAAUUCUUCGCCCUUUCAAAUACAUCAUUUAAAGUUUUACAAACCCUGUCAAUAGAAAUUACAAAAAAAUAAACUGUCAAUAAAUUCACUAGUGAUACAGGCGAGAAUUGACAGAUACACAACUAAGAAUUCGAGAAAAAUAAAUGGGAAAGGAUACGUCCCAGUGUACCUAAGUUUCAUACAUAAAAGCACAUGAAGAGAAGGGAUUGAUCGAGGGUAAAUCAUUCUAAUUGUUAGAGUGCGAGAACGAAUGGUAAAAAAUCACAAAAAAACUAUAAAAAACAGCUAUGAAAAAAAAAAAAACAUCGAGCUGUGCUAAAAUAACACGUGAAACAACGGAGAGCGCGGAGAGAUCGAUUGAAAUAUAUUUUAAUUUUUAAGCUAGCAACCUACAAAAUACAAAAUGAUGUCUUGAAAUUCAAACCCCGCGGGAUAACAGUCCUUGUUUUAAAGUCUAUCAUGAAGCAAUGCGCGCGCGUUUUUUGCGCGGGUCAGGCUAACAGAUGAAAUAAUGCAGGAACUAAUCUUAGGAAACGUUGCAUGUAGAAAAAAAAGAAUGGGUACAGAAUAGGUAGGACGGGCAGAGCAAAAUAGAAAUGAUCGAU